CGCCCUUCGCAUUAUCGGAGGAGGUGGGUGGGAGGAGUCUUCGUCUCUCUCGUCGCGUCCUCGUCGCGUCUGCUCCUCCUGCUUCUCUUCUUGUCCGUCUGAUUCCAAUUGGAAAGGAGAAAAGAUUCCUUCCUGUUGAUUUAAGGUUUUUGAGCCUGCUUUCCAGAAGCCUUUGCAUAAGAUGCACUUCCUUGCAUCAUCUCACCGAUAUGCAGGUGUCAGGUCAGAUUUUUAUAAUAUUAAAUGGAUAGCAAGAAGUUUUUGCAGUUGGUUGAAGAGAAGAAAAAGAGAAUCCUGGAGAAGAAAGAAGCCCCUUUAAAAUGGGAACAGAAGCUAGAAGCUGCAGCCAAGGCAAAAGCUGAUGCCGAAACGAAGGAGAGGAAGCUGAAGGCCACAAAGCACAAGAGGAAGACUAAUUCAGCAUCUGAUUAUGACAGUGAUUCUGAUGACAGUGACGUUGACAGGAAGCACAGGAAGAAGAAGACUCACAAAAAACCCCGGAAACAUGGUCACUCUGACUCCUCGGAAGACACUGGGAGACGUAGACACAGAUCUAAGAAAAGGAACACAAGCUCAAGUGGUGAGAGCGGCAGUGAUGAAUAUGAUAGUGGAUCUGAGGAAGAUCAUCAGAGGAAGAGAUGCUCCAAGAAGAGGAGGCACGGACGUCGUUCUUCGAGAACAGAGUCCAGCAGCUCUGGAUCAAGUAGUGAAGAAGUCAGAGGAGUACGAAAGGGCCGCUCUAGGCACCAUAAGCGCCACCACAGAUCAAAAGAUGAUGACUCAGCAUCAGACUCUGAACAGAGGAAGACUCACUUGAAGCGGAAGCACCAUCAUAGGUCAAGUACUGAUGAUUCCAUGUCGGAUUCUGAUGAUCACAGGCAUGAUAGGAGCCACUCUGUGGGGAAGUCAUCAGAUGACAACUGGGAGGAGGUUGGGAAGCAAAAAGAUCCCAAGCAGCCUCAUCACAAGCACGAGCACCACCACCACUAUCGCCAUCACAACCAUCGCCACCACGAUCAUCAUCGUAAUUCAGUGGAUUCAAAUGGAAAGCAGGGAGAGAAUGAAAGAGAGCAAUCUCCUGAUGCAGGUGACAGGAGUUGAGAUUGGUUUUAGUACCAACCAUCCAUCAUUCUUUUUGCUUGGGAAGUGAUUGGAUGCUGGACGUGGAAGGCUACAGUACCUACGAGUUCAAGGUGGGCAGGGGAUGACAAGACCUGAUUUAGAAUGGUUUACUUGAUGAUUUGGGCAUGUUCACAUAACACAUGUUUUGCAUGAGUAAACUUGUGACUGUUUUUGGUUUCUGUUCUUUGGUGCCCUGCAUGCCUGGAACUUCUAUUGUUGCUUCUGACACAACUUGGGUGGCCUUGGAUGACUCCAUUCAAAUUAUGUUUUCUCAAAUGUUUAAUUUGGUUAUUCCAGACUGAUGUGGCUAGAACCAAUCAACCGUUGCAACUGUAUUAAGCGGAACUUCUUAUUUUUCAAGUUGCAUAUGAAAUCUUCUGUUAUUGGCUUGUUAUUAAACUUUGGAGGCAGUAACCUUUGAUUUUUGGGGGACGAUGGCACCUGGUAUAUGCCUCAACCGUGUCUCGGAAUUUCUAAUAUUUUAAUUUAAGAUUCGUAGGGUGAUAAACAUUUGGGAUAAA